CGAUACUACAUUGCCCUUUUCCUAUCGAAAAUUUACCAUGGGAAUCCUCGAUAUCGUCCCGGCUGGUGUUUUGACUGGCGAGAAUGUCCGCAAGUUGUUCGAUUAUGCUAAGGAGCACAAGUUUGCUAUCCCAGUACGUAGAUGGAUCAAUGUGACAUCCUCGUCCACUGCGAACGCCGUUCUCGAGGCUGCCCGCGACAUCAAGUCGCCCAUCAUCCUCCAGGUCUCACAAGGCGGCAGUGCCUACUUCUCCGGCAAGGGCCUGGCCAACGAUAAGCAACAGGCAUCUAUCAUCGGUGCCGUCGCCGCUGCCCACCACAUUCGUACCGUCGCCAAGGCGUACGGCGUCCCGGUCGUUCUUCACUCGGAUCACUGUGCCGAGAAGCUUCUUCCUUGGUUCGAUGGAAUGCUCGCUGCCGAUGAAGAGUACUUCAAGCAACACCAAGAGCCGCUCUUCUCCUCCCACAUGCUUGACCUCUCCGAGGAACCGAAGGAGCAGAACAUCGCGACCUGCGUGAAGUACUUCAAGCGCAUGGCUCCCAUCGGCCUUUGGCUCGAGAUGGAGAUCGGUAUCACUGGCGGUGAGGAAGACGGUGUGGACAACACCGGCGUGGACAACAACAGCCUGUAUACGCAACCCGAAGACGUAUACGAGGUCUAUGAGGCGCUCAGCAAGAUCAGUCCCAACUUCAGUAUCGCGGCGGCUUUCGGAAACGUGCACGGUGUGUACAAGCCCGGAAAUGUCAAGCUGCACCCGGAGCUCCUUGCGAAGCACCAGGCGUACACGAAGGAGAAAACCGGUGGGAAGAUUGAGCAGCCUUUGUUCCUUGUCUUCCACGGCGGAUCCGGUUCUACUAAAGAGGAAAUCAAGACUGCUGUCGGCAAUGGCGUGGUGAAGAUGAAUGUUGACACCGACACUCAGUUCGCAUACCUCGCUGGUAUUAGGGACUUCGUUCUCAACAAGAAGGACUAUCUGCUAUCCCAGGUCGGUAACCCCGACGGUGCUGACAAGCCCAACAAGAAGUUCUACGACCCGCGCGUCUGGGUUCGUGAGGGCGAAAAGACUUUGUCUGUCCGCGUCAAGGAGGCCUGCUCCGAUCUUGGCAACACCAACCGUUUGUAAACACACGAUACAUACGUGCAAAUUAAAGGGGACGGAGAAGAAGUCAAUGCAAUAGAUGUGUUUCCCAUGAUGUUGUAUUCGUGUAGCCUGGGUCUGUAUGGUGUUGGUUAAACACGUGUCUACGUACGGAAUCAUAGUAUUAUCCC